GCACAUCCUGAAUGUGCAAUCCGUUAACCGUUCCGGUUGCAGAUCACUAACUGUCUUGUAGACACGUCGAUCACACUUUGCAUUUGUCUUUAUUAAUUUCACUUGUUGCACUUGCUUUCUUUUCUGUCAUCAAAAUGCCGUUAGAGUUUGAGCUGUGCCCCAGCCGUAUGAUCGGAGGGAACCAUCCAUGCUUCAUCAUAGCUGAAAUUGGACAGAACCACCAGGGAGACAUUGAGAUCGCAAAGAAAAUGAUCAAAAUGGCAAAGGACUGUGGUGCAGACUGUGCAAAAUUUCAGAAGAGUGAAUUAGAGUUUAAAUUCAACAAAAAAGCUUUGGCCCGCCCGUACAACUCCCCACACUCCUGGGGGAAAACUUAUGGUGAGCACAAGCGCCAUCUGGAGUUCAGCCAUGAUCAGUAUAAGGAACUGCAGAAAUAUGCAGAGGAGGUGGGAAUCUACUUCACUGCGUCAGGAAUGGACGAGAUGGCAGUAGAGUUCCUCCAUGAGCUUAAUGUGCCUUUCUUCAAAGUGGGUUCUGGAGACACCAAUAACUUCCCCUAUUUAGUGAAAACUGCCAAGAAAGGACGCCCCAUGGUGGUGUCCAGUGGUAUGCAGUCCAUGGAGACCAUGCGUCAGGUCUACAAGAUGGUGAAAGAGCACAACAAAAAGUUUGCCAUUCUGCAGUGUACAAGUGCCUACCCUCUGGAAGCUGAGGAUGUCAACCUCAGAGUGAUCACGGAAUAUCAGAAGGAAUUUCCAGAUAUUCCCAUUGGGUAUUCAGGCCACGAGUCUGGAAUCAGCAUAUCAGUGGCGGCUGUAGCUCUGGGGGCAAAGGUCCUUGAGCGCCACAUAACCUUGGACAAGACAUGGAAAGGAAGUGACCACAAAGCCUCACUUGAGCGCGCUGAACUGGCUGAGCUGGUUCGCUCCAUCCGACUGGUGGAGAGAGCACUGGGAAGUGGAAUCAAGCAGAUGUUACCUUGUGAGAAGCCGUGCCAUGACAAGCUGGGUAAGUCAGUGGUAGCCAAGGUAAAGAUCCCCAAAGGAACAGUCCUGACUGAGGACAUGUUGACAGUGAAGGUGGCGGAGCCUAUGGGCGUUAGAGCUGAGGACAUCUUCCAGUUGGUUGGAAAGACCAUCAUAGAGGAAGUGGAAGAGGACGACAGCAUCACACCUGAGGUUGUGGAUGAUUAUGGCAAGAAGGCAAAAUGCUGAAAAUGGAAGUGAGCGUUGAGAUAGUUAAAGUAAGGCAUUUAAUUUGAGAAGAAAUGUAGUCGAUUCGUUUAAGGUUAAUUCUGAAGCACUUAAGGUGAAAUAUGGAUGAGAGUCAGGAUUAUUUUGCUUGGUGCUGCUGAAAACUUAAGUGAUGGGGGAUUAGUAAUUUGUUUUAAAACAAAUGCAUGAACCGUGCAUUGAUUCAGAUAGUUAAAAUGUUAUCACAGCUCCUCUUUUAGUUCUCUUUAGCCAAAGAAUUGUUUCAUCUUCUGGCAAACAGUCUCUGACAAAUCCAAAUGCUCAAUAAUUCAUCUCUGCAGCCAGUUGAGGUCCAUCACUUUGAGAGAUGGCACGAAUGCCAGAUUUUACUGCUAACUUUACAUUCUUUGCACUACAGUUUUGGCCUGCACUGGAGAGAUUAAAUAAAUGUUGAAAAUGCAAAGCUGUGACCUGUCAUCUCAUCGCACAGCAGUGAGGUCACAGAACCUAUUGACCCAGCUGCCUUUGCACUCUUUAGGGCAUCAGCUGGUGCUUGAAAGGACUUGUAUUUAUAUAGUUUCUUUGGAAGGAGGAAAAUGAAACUAAUGGAGACAGAAAAAUUACAAUUGUGCAAAUUAUGUCCGUAUCAGAUUUAUACAUUUUCCCUUUUGUUGCAGACAGCCUAAUGUCCACUCUCACAAUUGUUUUUGUUUGGUUUUGUUUUGUUUUGUGUUUUUGUUUUUUGUUUUUUGUU